UGAUGUGUGUGAUAGUGUGGCUGUGAAACAUGAGCAUUGACCAUUGAGCACUUUUAAAUUACUUCUUAGUUUUUAAUCUAAAGUCUUGCUCUGGGUCUGUAAUUAGUGGUGAUUAGUGAAUAGUGAAUACAGUGAGUCGAACAUAGACAAGUAUACUUUUUACUAUUAAUUUCCUAAUAUAUUCAGUGUUCGUUAGUCGUCAUCAAAAUUCGGGCUUUUGUAACCCGUAUUUAAUAACAAUAAUUAAUUGACUUAUCGCAUCUAAGAAUUCGUAUUCUUCUCAAUUGUUUAGUGGCAUUUUUACAUUCCCAUCGACCACCAACUAGUUAUUUUAUCAAACGUCAACAUGCCUGAGCGUCUUGAAUUCAUCGGCAAUUACGAUGAAACGGAUUUUGAACGGCCUUCGUUCAAUUACGUAGACAUGUCAUCGGUUUUCCACCUUAAGGAUGUGAACUACACUAGACAGUUUGCGCACAUUUACGCUCACAGACUGGUGCAAAUGAGAGAAAUUCUUCAGGCAAAAAUACAUCAAAAAUGGGGUGAAGAGUGUGAUAUUUUAAAAUUAUCUGAGUUACAUGAUAAAAUUGGUAAAGAAUGUAUUGUAAUUGGCACAUUAUUCAAACAUCAAGAACUAAAACCUAGCAUUUUGAAAGAAAUUAGUGAAGAAAAUAAUUUAAUUCCUCAACCACCUAGAACUCAUUUUGUUUCCGAUACAGAUGAAGUUAUAUUAGAAGAUGAAUUACAAAGAGUGCCUUUAACAUUCGACGGUUUGAAUGGUGAUAGUUUGUCUUUAAAAAAUAUUAUGACUGGAUGUAUUAUAGCAGUAAAAGGUAUUCCUCAAGAUGGUGGUAAAUUUGACGUACUGGAUUUUUGUUGGCCCACACCAUCAAUUGCAUCUAAAGUACUUACUACCCAGAGUUCUGGACAUGAUAGAUUUCUUGUAUUGAUAAGUGGUUUAGAAUUAGCCACUAAUAUUGCCACUAAUUUUCAAGUACAAUUAUUUGUAGAUUGGAUAUAUGGUCUACUAGGUGAUAAAAAAGAAAACAGUAAAGUUUCAAAAAUUGUUCAAGUUUUAAUAGCUGGAAAUAGCAUACGUAGUACUCCAGUGAAAAAGCCAAAUUACCGUGAUAAAAUAGAUGAUUUUCCUCGAGACAUUCAAGCAAUUAAACAGUUAGAUGACAUAUUAUUGCAAUUAGCUUCAACUGUUGACGUCCAAAUCAUGCCUGGAGAAUUUGACCCUACAGAUAGAACAUUACCACAGCAAGCAUUCCACAAAUGUUUAUUUCCCAAAGCUUCUGAAUAUUCAAGUUUACACAGAGUAACAAAUCCAAAUCAGUUUGAAAUUGAAGGCCAUCUUAUAAUUGGAUCAUCUGGACAAACUGUACAAGAUGUUCUUAGAUUUACAAACUUGGAGGAUCCAAUUGAUAUUAUGAGCAGAAUAUUAGAUUGGGGGCAUCAAAUACCAUCUGCUCCAGACACAAUUCCAUGUUAUCCAUUCGAAGGACAAGAUCCAUUUAUAAUAAAAGAAAUGCCAGAUGUGUUUUUUGUAUCAAAUCAACAAUCAUUUCAGACAUCAUUAAAAACAAAUAGCAGUGGCAAACCUACUAGACUUAUAAGCGUACCGUCUUUUUCUUCAACUCAAACUUGUAUUUUACUGAAUCUUAAUAACUUAGAAUGUUAUCCAGUAUCAUUUAAGACAUUUGCUCCUUAAUAUCAUUCAAUUUUAUUUAAUAUUGUAUAGAAGAUAAAAAAUAUUAUAAAUUGUAUUAUACAUUAACAAAAAUUA